AUUUUUAUAAUCAAAAGUUUGCCAUGUCUGCCCUCCGCGUGGCCGCGCGCCGUCUGCCUCGCGCAUCCAAAUUCGUCCCUGCUCUCGAGUCACCAGUACAGCGCCGAUUCGCGACUACGUCCAAUGCCCCUCAAAAUGCGAAGUCCCAGGUCAAGAAGGAGUCAACCCUGCCAAACCCCGACCCUUCGGCGGACUCACUCACGGCGUCCUUCAUUAAGGAGCGGGCUCCUUUCAUGGUUCCAACUUACGUUCGCCCGGCUCCGAUGAUGAUGAAGGGACAGGGUUGCUACUUGUGGGAUAUGGAGAACCGACGUUAUCUGGACUUGACUGCGGGAAUUGCAGUUAACUCUCUUGGUCACUGUGACCCGGAGAUUGCGAAGAUUAUUGCGGAGCAGGCUGAAACCCUCAUCCACGCUUCAAACCUCUACCACAACCCUUGGACCGGUGCUCUGAGUCAAUUGUUGAUUGACUUGACGCAGAAGUCCGGUGCUAUGCGCGAUGCCUCGCAGGUCUUCAUCUCCAACUCCGGAACUGAGGCUAACGAGGCCGCCAUCAAGUUCGCUCGCAAGACCGGCCGCACUCUGGACCCUUCCGGUGAUAAGCAUGAGUUCGUGUCCUUCAACAACUCAUUCCAUGGACGCACAAUGGGCGCCCUCUCAGCCACCCCCAACCCUAAGUACCAAACUCCAUUCUCGCCCAUGAUCCCCGGAUUCGAGUACGGAGAUUACAACCAGAUCGACCAGCUCCAGACUCUUAUCACGGAUAAGACAUGCGGUGUCAUCGUUGAGCCCAUUCAAGGUGAGGGCGGUGUUAACAUCGCGACCCCCGAAUUCCUUGCUGCUCUGCGCAAGCGCUGUGACGAGACCGGUGCCGUUUUGAUCUACGAUGAGAUCCAGUGCGGUCUGUCCCGUACCGGUACUUUCUGGGCCCACGCUCACCCCUCUCUCGCCCCGGCCUCUGGCGAGGCUGCCCACCCCGAUAUCCUGACUACCGCCAAGGCUCUUGGUAAUGGCAUUCCUAUUGGUGCCACCAUUGUUUCUGGCAAGACGGUUGGUCAGCACAUUAAGACAGGUGACCACGGCACCACUUUCGGCGGCAACCCAUUGGCUUGCCGUGUCGCUCACCAUAUCGUCGAGCGUCUCGCUGAGCCGGAGCUCCAGCAGUCCGUCCAGGCCAAGUCCGAUCUCUUUGUUUCGGGCUUCCAGGCCAUGCAGCAGAAGUUCCCAGGUGUGAUCUCCGAGAUCCGCGGGCGCGGUCUGAUCCUGGGUCUUCAGCUCGCCCCGGAGUACACUGCUAAGGCUGGUGACAUUAUCACUGCUGCCCGUGAGCGCGGUAUGUUGAUCAUCACUGCUGGGGAGGGUUGCAUCCGAUUCGUCCCUGCCUUGACGAUCACCGAAGACCAGAUUCAGACUGGUCUGCGGAUUUUGGAGCAGGCUGUGGAUUCGGUUGUGGCCAAGUCAUGA